CCAGGGGCGGACUGACCAUUUGGAAACUCGGGCACUGCCCGAGGCCCGGGGUAAGUAGGGGGCCCCAUGAGAUGCCCCUGGUACCUUUUUCAUAGGCUUUUUUGAGUUUGGGCAAGGACACAGGGCCCCAUGAUCUCCUAUUGCCCGGGGGCCCCAUGAGUUGUCAGUCCACCCCUGUCCAACCCUGCCCCCUACUGACCCCAGGCCCUCGGGCAGUGCCCGAGUUUCCAAAUGGUCAGUCUGCCCUGCUGCCA